GCGCCAUUUUGAAAGUGGAACCUUGGAACGGGAGGGGGGGGCGGACGAGCGAGCAGGAAAGACCGACUCGGAAGAGCGGGGGAAGCCGAACGGAGCCGGCUUUACACCGCCCCCCCCCCCCCCCGGUACAAUCUGCCGCCAUCCUCCCUCCACGCUCGCCAUCAGCCCGGCCAAGGGGGCCCUAUCUAGAGCUGAAAGGCAGCUCUCUCUGACCCGGCCGCUAUUGGCAGCCCAACAUGGCAGGAGCUGGAGGAGGAGGAGGGAAUGACAUUCAGUGGUGUUUUUCUCAGGUGAAAGGGGCUGUAGAUGAUGAUGUAGCAGAAGCGGAUAUAAUUUCUACAGUAGAAUUUAACCAUUCUGGAGAAUUACUAGCAACAGGAGACAAAGGAGGUAGAGUUGUCAUCUUUCAACAGGAGCAGGAGAACAAAAUCCAGUCUCUCAGCAGAGGGGAAUACAAUGUUUACAGUACUUUUCAAAGCCAUGAACCAGAAUUUGACUACUUGAAAAGUUUAGAAAUUGAAGAAAAGAUCAACAAAAUUAGGUGGUUACCCCAGAAAAAUGCUGCUCAGUUUUUAUUGUCUACAAACGAUAAAACAAUAAAGUUAUGGAAAAUUAGUGAAAGGGACAAAAGACCGGAGGGCUAUAACUUGAAGGAAGAAGAUGGGCGGUAUAGGGACCCUUCUACAGUUACAACACUACGGGUGCCAGUAUUCAGACCCAUGGAUCUUAUGGUUGAAGCCAGUCCACGAAGAAUAUUUGCAAAUGCUCACACGUAUCACAUCAACUCUAUCUCCAUCAAUAGUGAUUAUGAAACAUACCUAUCUGCAGAUGACUUGCGGAUUAAUCUGUGGCACCUAGAAAUUACAGACAGAAGUUUUAAUAUUGUAGAUAUUAAGCCUGCCAACAUGGAAGAGCUGACAGAGGUGAUAACAGCUGCAGAGUUCCAUCCUAACAGCUGUAACACAUUUGUAUACAGCAGUAGUAAAGGAACAAUUCGUCUGUGUGACAUGAGAGCAUCGGCACUCUGUGACAGACAUUCGAAAUUGUUUGAAGAACCAGAAGACCCUAGCAACAGAUCGUUUUUCUCUGAAAUCAUCUCUUCCAUAUCUGACGUAAAAUUCAGCCAUAGUGGUCGAUAUAUGAUGACUAGAGAUUAUCUGUCAGUGAAGAUCUGGGAUUUAAAUAUGGAAAACAGACCUGUGGAAACAUACCAGGUGCAUGAAUACCUCAGAAGUAAACUUUGUUCUCUGUAUGAGAAUGACUGCAUUUUUGACAAAUUUGAGUGCUGUUGGAAUGGAUCGGACAGUGUUGUCAUGACGGGAUCUUACAACAAUUUCUUCAGAAUGUUUGACAGAAACACAAAGCGAGACAUCACCUUAGAAGCAUCACGGGAAAAUAAUAAACCCCGCACCGUUUUGAAGCCCCGCAAAGUCUGUGCGAGUGGCAAGCGAAAGAAGGAUGAAAUUAGCGUUGACAGCCUAGACUUCAACAAGAAGAUACUACAUACAGCCUGGCAUCCCAAGGAAAAUAUCAUUGCUGUAGCUACUACAAACAACUUGUAUAUAUUUCAAGACAAAGUGAAUUAGGGUUGGCAUUCCUAACAGAAGAGUCCACUUCCUGCAUAGUUGAGAUAGUUGAGUCUAGCAUUUGUACCUGUAAAUGAAAGAGAAUAAAAGAGAGAGGUCCAUUGUGGCACCCCUUUCCAGUGUUUAAAAUUGUGCCAUAUGACACACUUUUUUUUAGCUACAUGGAGAAAGCUCUGUUGAUCCAUCACAGUGGUGUUCUCCAUGUUUGCUAGCCAUUUAGGUGAGGGUAGGGCACUUUUUAAUUUAAUGACUACUUGCACCAUCUUGCCUAAUGGACUAGAUUGGACUGUAUCAACAUUGGUUUACUCCACUUUUUAUGCCUUCCAUUGUGAUGACGUCAAACACAGGGAAAGCCUUCAGUCAUGCUAUGGGAUUUAAUUGUGUAACCUCAUUACUGUAUCAUUUGUGGCCCUUUUUUUAUUAAAUGCAGCUCAUUCUUGCUGUGGCUUGUAGCAUUCCUCCUCCUGGACUCCCCCCCCCCCCCUUCAUUCCCUCCACCCAUCCCUGGUGGUGGCGUAUAGAAAAAAAUGAAAUAAAGCACAUGAAAUGGGUCAGUUUGGGGUCAGUGGUAAAAGGGGUCUAUGUUGCGAACAAAUGUUUUAAUAAGCAGUUGACUGUAAUCACUCCUUGCCAUGUUUGGCACCAAAAAAGAGAGAAUAAGGAAGAACAAAAAAAACUACUGAAUAAAAGUGACAAAGAAUGAAGAAUCUGGGUUUUUUUUUCCUUUUUUUAAUCUACCUCUUUACUUUAUACAGAUAUUCUGUGUUUUACCUUAGAUGCAUGAAAAUAAAGUGAUGUUUUUUUUGUAAUGUUUUUACAGUAUUAAUUAUUAUUUUUCAGCAGGCAGAGGAGAGAGGGAGGGUUUUUGCAACUGUCUGGCUGUCACUCAUGUAUGAAAAUUAUCAUUCUGACUCUGGUAUUUAUUGACCAUUUCCAUUUAAAAACCUUGAAAUGCUACCAGACUUUGCCAUAGUCAUGAAUAGUAAUUGACCUGUUCCAUCUCCUUAAAGCCCCUUUAUCUGUUAAUUAAACUAUCCUUUAUGUCUGAGUGUUUGAAUUUGUAGAAUUCAAAUCCAUUUAUUGGGGACUAACUUUGUAGUAUGUUUAAUCUCAUCCUAAUUUUAUGUAAUGCCUUGUUUAGACUACAAAGCCAGUGUUUUUUAAUUGUUGUUAAAAUUCUUGUUCAACAGUAUGAUGUAGUACAAAACUAAUAUCAAGUGAUUAUAGAUGAGAAUUUACACUGCAUUCUAAGUACAUAUAUAUUUUCUGUAUUUUAUUGCUAUCAGUGUCUGAAUGGAAAUGUAGAUUACCAUAUGAGUGCUGCUCCUUUCUUCUGGCUUUUCAAAGCAAUUAAAGAUCAACUUUAAAAGG